UUGUUGAAUCACUAUCCCGUAUGUCGAAGGCGGUCCUACCAGUCAAACUCUCAUAAUCUGGUUAGCUAACUGUGACAAAAAUCAAACUCGAGUGACAAGAAUGCAAACAAACAAAGACGUCACGCGAGACGACAGAGAAACUGCGUCGCUAUUGGACUCAAGCGGGGCGUGUCCGUAUGGUUUCAAGAGAUCGGAAAGCUUCGACUACACGACUUACAACCGCUUCAUCAGAGACUACAUUCCUGUCAUGAUGCGUAGAAAGCGUAAGUGGGAGGUUUUGUUGACAAAAUCGCGAGGAGUCCCGGAGGCCGGAAGUAAAAUAAAGAGGUUUAUUCGCAAAGGCGUUCCACUAGAAUUUAGAGCUCAAGUCUGGCUCUCAGUUAGUGGAGCUGAAGGAGAAAUAAAUAACAAACCAAAUUACUAUGCAGAGAUGCUGAGAGCCGAGAAUGACCCGGAUGUUCUCCAACGGAUUGAGCUUGACGUUUUGAGGACAUUUCCAGAGAAUGUUCAUUUUCAAGAGGAAGCAGAAGACACACAGGUCACUCCACUGAGAAACGUGUUGGCUGCUUAUGCGAAUCAUAACCCAACUGUUGGCUAUUGCCAGGGAAUGAACUUUGUCACAGGCAUCCUGCUGCUCGUCACAAAGAAUGAAGAGCAAUCAUUCUGGCUACUAGAUAGCCUGAUAGGACACCGAGUGCCAUCCAGUUACUACAGCACUGGAAUGGAGGGAUUACAGACUGACCAUUUUGUUUUACAUUCUCUCUUGCUGAAGAGGACGCCACGACUGGUUGGACAUCUUCAACAACAUCAGAUUGACCUUCAAGUUGUGACGUCACGUUGGUUCAUCUGUCUCUUUGUUGAUGUUCUCCCAAUUGAAACUCUUCUCCGAGUGUGGGACUGCCUCUUUCUUGAAGGUGAAAAGAUCCUGUUUCGAGUUGCAGUAACUCUAGCAGUCAAUCACCAACAUGACAUUCUCUCCCAACCAUCAUUCAUUAACACAAUCAAUGCCUUCAAGAACAUUGCAAAAGGCUACGAUGUGCUCAACUGUCAUCAUUUCAUUAACGAGAUUUUCACGAUUCCUGGCUCAUUUCCACAACGACGAAUAACCGAAGCGAGAGCAGCAUAUCAGUCGAAACGGUCACCCAAGAGUCAGUGAUAUUACUCACAAUAACACACAACAGUGUGUACAUUGUAUCAAGAUAAAAGGUAAUAACACCGUCGGUGUUAAGUUCUGCCGCAGAUUUGCUGUUUGUGUUUUUUUUGACAUACAAAAGUUGGUUUGGUGUUCAUUUGAAUAAAUAUGCACACGAGCA